UUGUCCUGCGAUUGACUCUCCAUCGAAUUCGACAAAUUAUAAGGAGGCCAUUGAGCGUUCCAAAUGCCUUGCAUUCUCAGCCAGAGAGAGAGGGAGAGAGGGUUGGUGGUGAGGAGAUCGGAAACCCUCGGAGAUGGACAUGGGAGGAAUGGAUCACGGCGGUGCACCACCGGCAGCGGCGAGCAAGAAGGUGAUCAUGCACAUGAGUUUGUACUGGGGGAAGGACGUGUGGAUUCUGUUCGCUGACUGGCCGGGCACCAGCCUCGGCCAGUACAUACUCUCCCUGAUCAUUGUCUUCUUGGGGGCAGUCAUCGUCGAGUGGCUGGCCUUUCUGAAGACCAACCAGAAGCCUGGCCUCAACCCCAUCCCCACUGGCUUCUUCCAAGCCGUCGUCUACGGGUUCCGUGUGUUCUUUGCAUACUGCGUGAUGCUUGCGGUCAUGUCGUUCAAUUUGGGGGUGGUGAUCGUGGCCGUCGUUGGCCAUGGAGUGGGCUACUGGCUCUUUGGAACCCAGGCCUUCAAGAAGAAAUCCGUUGAACCGACCCUGAAGGAUGGUGGGCAGUGCUGCUGAGCAGUCACGGCCUUGCAGAAGACUUCGCAGGUAUAUAUACACACACGUAUCAAUUUCUUAUGUUCAAUUCAUUCUUCUUUCUCUGUUCUGCACGCUUUUAUGUGUGCAAUUAUGUCUUGAUAUAUAUAUGAAUACAAUUGGUUUGUGGUACUUAAUUAUAUAUGGGGCUUAGUUUGCUUGAAGCAUUGGCUUUUUAUUAUUACAUCAGAUCAGAACUAAAAUACUAGUACCUUCCAUUUGAUUUACUCAAUUAAGGGAGAGGGAUUUUAAGGAGGUCGCAAUGUGACGGGCUGAGAGAAGAAAAUCCUGUAGAUCCUUCAGCCCCAUAAAUCUCUCUCUUCCUCUCUUUGCCUGUUGGGGAAGACGCACAACCUGAAUUUUAAACCCGCAACCUGUGAAAUUCUAAACCUAACCCUUUUUUC